CAGUCAAAACGUGGAGCAAGCAAUAAAACGUAUGCAUUUUUAAGAGAGUCUCCUUCAAAAACUUGAUGUGUCUGUCAAUCUGCACACACCAGAUAUUGUAUGUAUUGUAGAGUCCUGGCUCUCACCAGAGAUCCAGGACUCUGAAAUUAUUAUCCCCAUACUGUAAGGUUGGACAGAAACAGACAUGGUGGUGGUUUUGUCUCUAACAAGUUUGUGUUUCAACAUCUCCCUGAUUGUUCCCCUCUUGACAAUGACCCUGCGUCAUGCAAAUCUUGUUAAGCAUCCAUUGCCUGAGCAUAUCGUGCCUGUGAGAAUUCGUCAUAGCUGGAAUUAAAUGGUGGGAGUGAGGGGUAAGAGGAGAGUGACUGAG